GUUUGAAACAACUCGGCAUCCCUUCCCAACUGUGGCUCCGGGCUUCUCUGCUUAUACAACCUACAGCAUGCUUCAGAUGUCCUGGUUUCAGCAGAUUUAUGCAAGACAAUAUUACAUGCAAUACUUGGCUUCUACUGCUGCAUCUGCUGACCCAUCCCAUACACGACAUUCUCAGGAGAUACCAGUAGCAUCGGUGACACCCCCGGCUCCUCUCCAGGACCCAUUUCCUGCACAAAAUCAGCCUGGAAAUCAGAAUGCUGCUGCCCAGGGUAAUGCAGUGGCCAACCAGAACUUGCAGAUGAAUGCCCAAAGGGGUCCCCUCAUGGAGGAAGAGGAAGAGGGUGGCAAUCGAGACUGGUUGGACUGGCUCUACUCAGCAACACUCUUCUAUGUUUUUGUCAACAUUAUCUAUUUCUACUCCAGUGUCAGCAGAUUCCUCCUGGUUAUGGGUGGCACUGUUCUGAUGUACCUGCACCAUGUUGGAUGGCUUCCAUUUAGACGAAGACCAGUUCAGCCCUUCCCAGGCAAUGUUCCUCCUCAAGCUGUUAUAAACCAGGACCAGAACAAUAAUGUACAGGGGGGGAAUGCAGGCAGAGCAGAUGAAUCUGAGGCAUCUCCUGAUGAGGAACAAGUUUUGCAAGAACUGCAGCAGGCCAACCCUUCAUUUAUGAGAACGGCGUGGGUUUUUUUCAAGACUUUCUUUGCAUCCCUCCUUCCAGAAGGGCCUGGAGUGACCCACAACUGA